AUGUUCUCGAAUGCAUCUCCAUUUGAGGGCACCGGAGACCCAGUAAUAUCAGAGGACGCUGUCAAUGCGGCAUUUGUGGAUUUACUAGAGGUACUCUGCCUUUCAAUCACCACCAGCUCGUUACAAUGGUCGAUCGAGAAGUCCAUGGUGAUGAUACGGCUUGGCAAUGCUAAGAUCGUUACCGUUAUGGAUGGUCAGCUUGGCAAUCCAACCGGUGGCGAGCCAGAUUUCCAUAAAAUCAUCGAUAUUAGAUGA